AUGGAAUUUGUAGAUGGCCACAAAAGAAAAGAUGCUUUCAUGGUAGCAAUACUAGUAACUGAUGUAGUGGAAUCAAAGAAGGAAUCAACUGAUGUGAAACCAGCUAAGUCAAGACGAAGCUUAUCUUCUUCAUCUUCAUCUAGUAGCAGUUCCAAUGACAAAAGAAAAUCAUUUGAUGGAAAAACUAGAGAAAAACGUUCAGUAUCUUCAUCUUCAACUUCAUCAUCUAGUAGUUCAAGUGAUGCAAGACGACGUCGUCGCACACGCACACGUUCCAGCUCUUCAUCAUCUUCAUCUUCAUCUUCAUCAAGAUCUUCUCGUUCUCGUAGUAGAGUUAGUGGUCGCGGUAAACGUAAUUUACAAAGGUCACCUACUCCAAAGAGAAGACCUCGAACUCGUAGUCCAUCACCUCGCUUAACAAAAAUCCAAGUCCAUCAUCUGACCAGAAAUGUUACAAGGGAACACUUGCGUGAGAUAUUUAGCACGUAUGGAGCUUUGAAAAGUGUUGAACUGCUAGUGGAUCGUGAUAGGCCUUAUUUAUCUCGUGGAUUUGCUUAUAUUGAAUAUGAAAACACUGCGGAUGCUGAAAAGGCGAUGAUGUACAUGAAUGGAGGUCAAAUAGAUGGCCAAGAGGUUGCGGUAACUGCUGUCCAAUUUCAUCCUGCUCCACAGAGGCUUCGUGCACCAAGACCAUCCCCAAACAGGUUCAGGAGAGCUCCAUGGCGGCGUUCUCCCCUAGGACGCCCAAGAGAUUAUAGGGGACGUAGUAGAAGGUCGAUCCCUCACUACAGAAGGAAAUCACCAAGGAGAUCACCAAGGAAAUCUCCAAGGAGAUCACCUAGGAAAUCUCCAAGGAGAUCACCAAGGAAAUCUCCAAGGAAAUCACCAAGGAAAUCUCCAAGGAAAUCACCACCUCGUUCCAGGUCAAGUUAUAAAAGAAAGUACCGAUCAAGCAGUAGUUCAUCUCGGUGAUUGUACAAAAAGCUGCAGCAUUAAAUGUUAAGCAUUCAUGAACUAUACAGGGUGUUCCAGAAUGCUGUGUGCAAACUUGAAGGAGAGGUAGAGAACAAUGUGGCAAGGCAAAAAUUAUAUUGGAACAUAUGAUGGGAAAAGUGCUGAUGAGCUGCAAUACGAGCUACACAGGUUACAUAAAUUUGUAACCUGUUUCACAUCUGUUUAUUUCUGGCUUUGUGUGAAUGUAGUUCGUCAGCACUGCAUUUCGAUCAUAUGUUCUGAUAUAACUCUUGCUUUCCAUUAUAUUCUCUACCUCCCCACCAAGUUUGUACAUGGCAUUCUGGGACAUCCUGUAUAUGCAUCAGCAUCAUCUUUGUAUUCUUUUACUAAAAUUUUACUUCAAAACUUCUUGAAUUGUAUUAAAAAUACUAUAAAAAUAAAGUAAUUCAAUAAU